AUGAAGUUUAUGAAACUUGGAUCUAAGCCUGAUUCUUUUCAGACUGAUGGAGAUAAUGUCAGGUAUGUGGCAACUGAGCUGGCAUCGGACAUAGUCGUUAAUGUUGGAGAAGUAAAAUUUUAUCUACAUAAGUUUCCACUUCUGUCGAAAAGUUUACGGUUACAAAAGUUAGUUUCAAACCCGGACGAGGAGAACGACGAAGUUCACAUCCAUGACAUUCCUGGAGGACCUAUUGCUUUUGAAAUAUGUACAAAAUUCUGUUAUGGUAUGGUAGUUACUCUUAACGCAUACAACGUGGUUGCAGCUCGUUGUGCAGCGGAGUAUCUUGAGAUGUAUGAAACUGUUGAAAAGGGAAAUCUUAUCUACAAGAUUGAAGUCUUCCUCAAUUCCAGCAUUUUCAGGAGCUGGAAAGACUCGAUCAUUGUUCUACAAACAACGAAAUCUCUUCUUCCAUGGUCAGAAGAACUUAAGAUCGUGAGCCAUUGUAUGGAGUCCAUAGCUACCAAGGCUUCGAUGGAUCCGUCCAAGGUGGAGUGGUCGUACACAUAUAACAGGAAAAAGCUUCCAUCGGAAAAUGGAAAUGAUUCACACUGGAAUGGUGUGAGGAAACAGCUAAUGGUUCCGAAGGAUUGGUGGGUGGAAGACCUUUGUGAGCUUCAACUUGAUCUCUAUAACAGAGUCAUGUCGACAAUAACAACUAACGGAAAUGUUUCCGGCAUAGUUGUAGGAGAAGCUCUAAGUGCUUUUGCCUCUAGAAGGUUGCCUGGCUUCACCAAGGGUGUUAUCCAGAACGGUGAUAUCACAAAGAAUAGAUUAGUGUUGGAGACUAUUGUCGGUCUAUUGCCGGAAGAUAUGGGAAGUGGCUCUUGCAGUUUCUUGCUGAAGUUAUUAAAACUGGCUAUUCAAUUGGAAUGUGAUGUGUCGGUGAGAUCCGAACUGAAGAGGAGAACAGGUCAGCGGCUUGAGGAGGCUACGUUGGCCGAUCUUUUGAUUUCUUCAUCAACCGGGGAAACAACUUACGACAUUGAAACUGUGCAGAAGCUAGUUGAGAUGUUUGUAGCACAUGAACAUCAAUCUUUAAUGGAAGACGAGUUGCAGGAGAUCAAAAGUCCUAAGAUGGUCCUAAAUUCUUCUAGCAAGAUAAAGGUAGCAAAGCUGGUUGAUAGCUAUCUUGCCGAGAUCGCACGUGAUCCUAAUUUGCCUCUUUUGAAUUUCGUGAAUAUCGCUGAUCUGGUAUCCAGCUUUCCUAGACAGUCUCAUGACGGUCUUUAUCGUGCCAUUGACAUGUAUUUAAAGGAACAUCCUGGAAUCAGCAAAAGCGAGAGGAAAAGAAUAUGUCGAUUGAUGGACUGCAAGAAGCUGUCGGCAGAAGCUUGCAUGCACGCGGUGCAGAAUGAGCGGCUUCCUCUACGUGUUGUCGUGCAGGUUCUCUUCUUUGAGCAAAUGAGAGCUUCAACAACAUCAUCAUCCGGAGGCACAAACACUCCCGAUCUUCCCGGUUCUAUCAGGGCGUUGCAUCCCGGCGGAUCUCACGGUAGCUCAAGGUCUACUACCACCAACACAGAAGAGGAAUGGGACGCAGUCGCAACAGCAGAAGACAUAAAAGUUCUGAAAGGCGAACUUGCUGCACUAAAAUUAUCAGGUGGAAGUAGCCAGAGUAGUGACAGAAACAGCAACAACAACGCAGACAAAGCCGCUGCUAACAAAAUGAAAGGCUUCCUCAUGUCAAAGAAAAUAUUCUCCAAGAUUUGGUCGAACAAAGAAAAAAACGGAGAGAUUACUAGCUCUGAUACGUCCGAAAGCCCUGCUUCUACAGUCGUUGAGGAGACGAAGUCAACACCGUCUAGAAGUAGAAGACAUUCAGUAUCGUAA